CCCUUAGGAAACUUCUGCCAACAUCGGAGGCGUCUACGCAAAUUUUCUUUUCAAUUCAAAAUUAGAUGACCUUUGUUUUGAGAGCAGCUAUUGUUAUCAGUUCCCUGUGGCGGACAUCCGCCGACCAUCUGCAAUUCAAAUUUUGCUAGAUUUACUUAAGCGAAGAAAAGAACAAGUUAUAGUUUUCGCGUUGGCUUUAGAUCUGACGCCGAAGGGUCGUGUUGUCUUUCGCGACGAUGCCGUGAAAACGAAGGCAUUGGCGAGUUUAACCUUGGAAAACUUCGAAUAGCCAAGUUUUAAACCAUGUGGGGUCGCAUAAAAGAGAUAUUCUGUUAUUUCAGCCCCGAUGUUGGUAGUAGACGAUCUGAAUCAAGCUCGAGCUGGUUGAAUACGCUCUGUUUCUUCAUCUUCGGCACUCUCAGUUUUUUCAAUCAAGAAUUACUCUAUACAGCCUCCGAAGAUAUCCUGAGCGGGCGAAAACUUCCGACAUCUACAAUUCUUGUGUGUUUCGUGACCCCAUUGAUGGUUACAAAAAUACUCGCGCCAUGGUUUAUACAGAAGAUUCCGUACUUGGUGAAAGCUUCGUACAUCAUUCUGUGUAUGACUUUGGGACUGGCUCUGAUCGUCUUCGUAGAAGAUAUGAGAGCGAAACUUGUGGGAAUCGCUUUAAACGCCAUGGCGACUGGUGUUUCUGAAGUAGUCUUUCUUGCUUUGACCUCGUUUUAUCCACAGAUUGCCAUUAGUGCUUUCGUUGCUGGCACUGGCACAGCUUCGCUGAUCUCUCCACUUUAUUACACAGGUAAGUUAAAUAUUCUCAGUUCAUUGCUUCUGUUUCAUUCAGAUUUCAUCAAUUUUACGUUGAACGAUAUCAUAUUUAGAAGUCAUGAACGGACUAUUCUCGUUCAUUUAAAUUUUUCAAGCGUUAGGAUCAGUAAGAGCCAUUUCAUUUAAUAUCAACAAACUGGAAUUUUUAACCGUCAAGAUUCUCGCUAAACAAGAUUUUUUUCGUCGUGUUCGCGAUAUUUCGAGAGACGCGAAAAUAAAAUAUUCUUUUCACAAAUAUAAAAAUUCGUCGAAUGAAACAGCUGUUUAUUUUCAGCCCACUCGCUCUGUCAUCAAGAAAGAUAUUGUAAGCGCAUUCACACCUUUCCCGCUCGCUCGGCCCUUUCACACUUGACCUAUUGCGUUUCUCGUUUAUUCAAGCAGACGCUUGGCAUUUUUCGCUUGGGAAGUUUCAGUAAAAAAAAAAAAAAAAUCUCAAAAAUGCUAAUCCCAGCUGUUUUUGCUUUGUACCAGCUAUUGUUUGCCCUUUUAAGUAAUUUAAAUCAUAGUACAUAUUUCAUUAUUCUAAAUUUUCAAAAAUUUCGGAUUUACUAAGACGACGCUUUCACCUUUAAGAAAAGAGCGUCGGUUUUCCUUUCAUCGUUGAACCGUUCAAGGAACGAGCCAUUUUGGAAACAGGCGUGUUCAAUCGUAAUUAAAUGGUCUCAUGGUGGUAGAAUGUAUUAAAUUCGUGAUUUCAAGCCUAAACAAUCGUCGGUCAACAACUGUUGGUAAUAUCUUUUUCAAAAAAAUGGCUGUUUUAAUUGAUUUGGUUCAGUGAGUUUUCCUUCUUCUCGUAAUUGACGUGUGUCAUCUUAUUGUGAGCUCGCGAAAAACAAAAUACGUUUUCCUCUUAAUUUGGAAAUAUUUCGUAACAACUCCUAAGCUAGGAUCGAGAAAAUUUGUUAGCAACUCAAUCCAGAACUAAAGUUGAAAGCAUUUCAUCAAGCAAGACAUCCUGAUGGCUCGUCUAACCUUUUUUAACAGUUCAUGUAAAUUUUUUCACUUUCCAUGACUCACAUGACCUGGAGCAAACUGAUCAUGAAUGAUACUGAUCGACUGCAUGCUACAUCAUUUCUUGUAUAUUAGUUGCGCGGCUUUGUCACCGAGACUCAUCCUUACGCUGUUAAAUUUAAAAUCAUCUUUAUUCUAAUAAUUCCUCUUCCUCAAAUUUAAAAUGCUUUUCCUUUCCUAGCUAAUAUAUUUUUAUUUCUUUCUUUUUAUGUAAUAAACCUGUGCGUUUUCCCGUUCUUGAUAUCAACGCCACACGUCGAUUCCAAAUUGUUUAUAAACAGACAAAAAGAAAUAUUGCUCGCAAUUUAAGUGAAACAGACGUUGUGAUUACUUUUGGUUUUAGUUUUACGACUUUCAAUCGAAAAGCGCACUAAAUCAGAAGUUUGAAUUGAAUGGCUCUUGGAAAAUCUCGAUUGUUCUCUUCCCAAAGCUCGUUAAACUUACGCCGAGCCUUCGAACGAAUCGCUUCUUGAAAAAAUUUGCUCGAAUCUUGUCAAGCAAAUGUUACUGUCAUCUCUCGCUCUUAUGUCUCUUUUUUUUUCCCCUUUUUUUUGGACCAUCUGUACUUAAAGAGACCUUUGAUCACAGGUUAUUCUCAUCAAUCCCGACCAAUCAUUUUUAAAUGCAAAAGAAUGAUAACUCAAACAUCAACAUGAAUGCUAUCUACAUUACCAUGUGGAAAGAAAAGAAAAAUGAUUUAUUGUUUUUUUAUGGAAAAUUACUAGAAAUCAAGUUUUAAAAAAUAUAUUACACGAGAUGGUGUUGGUAACAAAAUUAUCAAAACGUCCAAUGGUUUUCGAAAGGCAUGGUUACUGAAAUAUGCUGCUGGCGUUUGUUAUGUUUCGUAUACAGUACUUGUGACUCGUAAACUUAUCAAAUUCUUUGAUCCCUUAGAGUGAUUAGCUUCUAAAAGGAACUGAUCACCAAGUCCCGCUAUUGCGUGAUAUGAAAAUAUCGUCAUUUUCUAUUUUUAGGUCUGACCACGUGGGGUUGUGUCUCUCCCAAAACCGCCAUUAUGAUGGCAAUUCCCUUGCCUGUACUCAUCUUGGUCUUCUACGCAAUUUUGGACAAGGAAUAUAUUGUGACUGCCGCACACGCCAAGCCCACGGAACACGAAGGGGUUGAAUAUUCCAUCGUAGGAUCAACGAACGAAGAUACAGAACAGACCACGGAAGUCCCCCAAAGACCACGAUGCGGCGAGAAGCUGAGAAUCGGUGCAAGAAUCUUGCCCUUCAUAAUCCCUUUAUUUUUUAGUUUCUUUGCCGAGUACAUGUCUAACUCGUCCGUGGUGACAACAAUCGCCUUUCCGAAAUCGCACGUUCAUCCACGGGACCACUUCCUCUACUACUCGCUUUCCUACAGAAUCGGCAAGUUUAUUGGUAGGAGUUAUUUGUUCGUCUUUGCAUGUCUACCCCCGGAAGCUACUGACUUCCUGAAGUGCGAUCGGACGUGGAUUCUGGCAGCAUUUGAGAUGUCACACCUGGUGUUUUUCCUGUUCGAAUCUUGGUACCAUUUUGUCCCGUAUAUCUGGGUAAUGAUUGCCCUCUGUUCCACUCUUGGGCUCUUUGCGGGUAUGAUUGUCCUUCACUCGCCCCAUGCUGUCGCGCGGUAUACCAAGCCCGAGGAAAGAGAGUUCGCCUUGGGACUGCUAACUAUAGGUAACGCAGUGGGAGGAUUCACGGCCGGAUUGGUAGGCUUGUUCGUGGAACCGUAUCUUAGGGACGAGUGCGUCCAACAUUUCUCAGCCAGCAAAGAAUUCUGUUUUACGCGGAUGCGGAAUACCACAGGAUGGGACAGUAAUUUCCAUUGUUAAUUUCAAAAUAAAAGAAAGAAAUACCUGUUAUUUUUUUUUUUCAAAAUUAUUUUUAAAAAGUUCAAUUUUGCUUCAAUUCAUACCCAUCUUCAUUUUCCGGAGUUGUCCAAACAUGGCAAAAAAAUGCCUAGUUUAUUUUUUUCAGGGGGGGAGGGGUGGGGAGCCUGGGAAGUGAGAAUGUACGUUUGAGCAUGUUCAUUAUUGUGAAUCAUAAACGUUUCAUGAGCCACAGCCCACAUGCACGAAACAAAUACCUUAUAUUAACUGAAAAUACUUAAUGAGGGGGUAGUAACGCGUAAAAAAAUUACAAUAUUUAUUUAACAUUAUUUGUUUACAUGAAAAAAUUGAAUGUAAUGUCCAAUUAGGUUAUAAUGUUUGAGACAUCUAAGCUCCACACUAACUUAAGGGUUAGUUAAUUUUUGUAAACACUUUUAAGGGGAAGCAAAUGCUACUUACGAAAUUGGCAAAAUAAAACCAAAAGACGUGGUUACAAAAAUAGGAACCAGAGUGAGAGUAUUUAUACGUUAGAAAAAAUAGCGUUCAGUUUUUGAAAAUUAAUUAAAAGUUCUUCCUGUAUCAUGACGUCGCCCAGCGUAUUUCUGGGUGACUUUGAAAAAUGCAUUUUAAAAGUUGAAAUAUCAUUUUUGACCACAAAGAUGUUUUCAGGAGGCAAUUCUGCACAGGAGCCCAUCAACGGGAUCCUAUAUCUCCACUGAUUCUUCCAGUCAACCCUUUCCCGAGUAGAUUUAGUUUUAGUUGAGCUUUUUCCAGCGAGAUGUAUCAUAUUUCCGUUUAGUCAACUGCGAGUCUCAGGAACUGAUUUCACUGACCAGUGCAUGCGAACGGAUGUUUGACCUAAACCAGUAGGAUUGUCGUGACUGGUUCUUAGGACCUGAAACUUCCCCUGAGUACCCUCUCUAUUCGGGAAAGGGAUGACUCCUAGGCUUCGUUUGGAAGAGGGUCUCAAUGGGGUGAUGGCUUUUACAGCUAACGGUUAAAAUUUUGGACAUUUACAGCGGCUAAUGGUUAAUUUCUUUAAGUUUUGCGGUUGACGGUUAACCCCGCAGAUGCCCUCUUGGAAGAUAGAGGCUCCAAUUGACGGGCUCCUGAUUACAGCUAGUUUCUCUCUAAAUUCUAUCUCUCUUUCAUUUAAGUUAAAUUGAUUACUUGUAUGAAGUAAAUACAUCGAGGAAACAUGAAUAAACGAAUUAUGAAACG